GAGGUGGAGGGAGGCAGGGCGGUCGUGCGUCAGUUGGAGCUCCGGCGCCUUCAGCCCGCUGUCCUCGCUCCAUCCGGACUGUAACCGCGUGCGCGUUCGCGUCCCGGCCCGCCUGGCGAGGCGUCAGCAGCACCACAGAACCGGACCGGUUGUCGCGUAUUGAGGCGGAGGAGUCUCCUUUUCCCUUUUCCCAAGACAGGGAGCAGCUUCUGGGAACAUGAACCCCCCGUGCGCGCGCUGUGGGAAAGUGGUCUACCCGACGGAGAAAGUCAACUGCCUGGAGAAGAAUUGGCAUAAAGGAUGUUUCCACUGCGAGGUGUGUAAGAUGACCCUGAACAUGAAGAAUUACAAAGGCUAUGAGAAGAAGCCAUACUGCAAUGCUCAUUACCCAAAGACCUCGUUCACCACUGUGGCUGACACACCAGAGAACCUGAGACUGAAGCAGCAGAGUGAACUGCAGAGUCAGGUGAAGUAUAAGAGGGAUUUUGAGGAGAGUAAGGGCCGGGGGUUCAGCAUCGUCUCUGACACUCCAGAGAUGCAACGGCUCAGAAAGACUCAAGAACAGAUCAGUAAUGCCAAGUACCACGAGGACUUUGAGCGUGCGCGUGGUCGAGGAGCCACACCGGGACUGGAUGACCCCAGCAUGGAGCGUUACCAACGAGCCAAUCAGAUGAUUGCGGAGGCGGGCUAUAACAAAGGGAUCCACCCACAGGUGGUGGAGAUGGACCGGCGGCCUGGAGGCAUUAUUGUAGCCCCGGUUCUUCCUGGGGCAUACCACCAGGGGGUGCAGCAGCAAGGUUACCAUGGCUACAUGCACCAAACCAGCAUGUCAUCCAGCCGAUCACUCACCUCCCCCCCACACUCUGCCACUAUGCGUGUGUACCGUGCACUGUACGACUACGCGGCGCAGGACCAUGAUGAGGUGUCUUUCCGCGAUGGUGAUGUCAUCAUCAACGCUCAGCCCAUCGAUGAGGGCUGGAUGUAUGGGACCGUGCAGCGGACUGGCAAGUCCGGCAUGUUGCCCGCCAACUAUGUCGAGUGUUACAACUAAGAGGAGGAGGAGAAAGAAAGGGGGGGGGGGUGCUCUGUUGCCAAUAGAGCAGUUCAGGGAUGAUGUUUUUUAAAGGUACAAUAUGUAAGUUUAUCCAUUCAAACUAACAAAUGAUACCUACAUCGCCACAUUAGCAGCCAAUUAAAUUUGGAUCCGUCCAAACUAAGACAUUUAAUUGGCUGCUCAGGCGUCCAUAGGCGUCAAUUGCCACUUGAUAGCUGCUGUAGGGUUUGAAUUCACACCAGGAUGAAAAAGAUUUUGUAGGAACGUCAUUUUUUUAAAACAUAUAAAUGAUAAAUAUAUUUUUCCCGGAAAAUCAAUCCUAGCAAGGAAAAACCAUCAGAAGCCAUUCGAGGAAUCCUGAUGGUUUCCAUCAGGUAUACCAAUAGAGACCAUUACAUACCAUCAAAAACCAUUACAAUUCCAUAUGGAACCAUUAAAACCAUCAGAAAAUGCUGUAAUGUAUUUUUUCAAUAGGAAUACGUUGAUUAGUGUUUAUAUGAUUCCUGUGGAUGUGUUAUUUUUAUUUAACUGUUUGUUUAGGCCGGUAUACUUACAUAUUUUACCUUUAAGGUUAACUUAACAUCUCCGUCUCUACGGGAACAUGAAUGGAGCUUUGGUUAAACUCCUGAGAUGAGAUCUGCAGGCAGCGCAAGCUAAAAAGGUUUGGAAGUGUUUGCAGUUAAAGAUUCAAGUUUUUAGCAUAAAUACCGAUGAUGUAAGUUAAAACAAAUUACAUAGUCAGACUAAUCUGUAAACAGUGUAUCAGUGUGACAGCUAUUUUUUCCGAUUUUUCUGUUCUAUCCGACAUAAAAUAAAUGCUUCUAAAUAUACUAAAUGAAAGUUUAAUAAUCAGUUUUAUUUUAGAGAACAAAUCUUGUCAGCUUGUGUCGACUACAAACCUUAUUUGAGGUAUUUAAUGGACAAACCCAUUCAUGUUUCUCAGACAAAGAAGCAAGGGAUGAAUCAGAGAUGCUAACAAAUGCUAACUUACUUCCUGGUUGUCAAACUUAGAACUGGGCCAGGCUGGGUGAUGAAACUGGGAGAAAUGGGCGGGGAAUGGACGAAGGAGUGUCAUAGAGAUGGGAGGAUGACUGGGAGGAAAAAAACCUACCAGCUCAGGAACAUUACUUGGCAAAGUAUACUAAGGCUAAAGUUAAUGUUAAAGUUAAUGUGACAAUGACAGGAGAGGUAGAGAAAGAUGGACAGAUUGAGAGAAGGAAGAUGGAUCAAUGGAGAGACUUCCAAGAUCCAAGUCACUCCUGCUCCUCACAGACAAGGAACGAAGGAAGAAAGGAGGAAGGGUGUUGACAUUUGUCCUCUAUCUUUGAGAGAUGAGCUGGUGAAAGGAGGGAAGAACAGUGAGGGGGGUGAGGAAGAGUACAGAUGUCUAUCAUUUCUCCUUCAUCCUACAGUUCAAACCAUUGAUCUGCAUUCUGAGUUCUCACACACACCAGUUUGAUUUUUCACUUGUCAGAAAGAGGAGAGAGAGAUGAAAUGUCAACCAGUCAACUAAAUGGUCUGACCCAUUAGCCAAGGGCUAAUAGUCAUCUGUGGUCGUUACACUAACAAAUGCUAACUUGCUUCCUGGUUGUCAAACUUAGAACAGCGCCAGGCUGGGUGAUGAAACUGGGAGAGACGGGCAGGGAGUGGAAGGAGGAGUGUCAUAGAGAUGGAGGGAUGAGAGGCAGGAUGACUGGGAGGAAAAAAACUACCA